UCGAAGCACAUGCGGGAGAUGAUGGGCUACUUCGAUAAGUCGGAACAGCGCCAGGAGGCAUUCGUCAUGUUCUUCAGCCGAAUAACCGACAUGCACAAUCUGAAGUUGUGCAGCGUGCGCUUUGGCGAGGAUGAGGAGGUCUACAACUUGCGCUACCGCCUCGGGCAG